UUAUUUCCUCACACUAAACAUAAAACAUUCAUACACUGAAACAUAGUCAUGGCUAAGGCUGCUACCAUCACCACCUUUCUCUUUGUUGCUCUUGUUUUCUUUGCUGCUUUUGAAGCACCAACAAUGGUGGACGCAAAGUUGUGCGAGAGGCCAAGUGGGACAUGGUCAGGAGUUUGUGGAAACAAUCAUGCGUGUAAGAAUCAGUGCAUUCGACUUGAAGGAGCACGUCAUGGAUCUUGCAACUUUGUCUUCCCUGCUAACAAGUGCAUCUGCUACUUCCCAUGUUAAUUAAUAUACCAAACAUAUUUGGAGUUAAAGUAUGUAUUCUCAUAAAGUAAGUCACGUGUCAUUCUACGAGUGAUCUAAUUAUGACAUGUACCAUAUAUGUUUAUGUCUGUUUGCUAUAAUAAUGUAAUACUAGGUUAAG